ACCUUCAUGUCUGGUGGUUGUUUCAACUUAUAUUCUGAAAAACAUUAUCCAUAGCAUCAUGAACCUUUGGUUCAGCAGUCUUUUUCCGUUGGUGAGGUUGUUUCUUAGCAGCUCGGCUCUGACAACUGAAGAAUGCAAACCCCUGGUCAAACCCUUUUCAACUUUCGAACCGGUCAACCAUGAGCCUGUGUGUUAACUUCUGUCCAUGGUUACGAGGCCCCAUCAUAUGAUUGUGGAUGUGGGGAUCAGGCUUCUUUUCCUGGUGGUUGGGUUUUUCAUGAGCAGCUCAGCUCAGUCAGUUGAAGAAUGCAGGCCUCUGGUCACACCUCUUCCUACUUUUGAACCGAGUUAUGGAAAGUGGAUCUUCAUCAUGGGUUGGAUUGAUAGUGAACCAUUUAAAGUAUUGUUCAGAUCAGCAAAGAGCCAGUGGAUUCAUUUCCGUGAGACACCGGGACAACCCAAGGAACUUGUUGAGGAUAUUGGGAUCAGGCACCCUACAUAUUGCAAGUACGGAUCAUCCCCUGUAACUCUUCAUAUGAACACUGCAAUAACUGACAAGACAAACUUCAGCUGCACAUAUCACUCUCUUCCAACCUGUGAGGGAUGUCUGCUGUAUACUGUCAACAGCAGAAACAACAAUAAUUUACUUCCAAUUAUGAACAUCACCAAUCCCACAACCAUUCAUGAGGUCAAAGGCUAUCGAGCUUUUUACCUGAUGGCUAGAGAAAACCACGUCAAGCACUAUGAACUGGUACGUACCAUGAAGACAGCCAAGUGUCUUGGUUUUACAGGAGAACCAGACUUCCUCUAUGACCCAGAGAAUACGUUGUGUAUUAAAGGAAAAGAAAAAUGAAGACAAUAGAAGCCCAUCUUCAGCUGAACUAAACUGAAGUGUUGGAAGUAAAGAAAGUGUCUUAAAACA